AGAGAGACACGAACAGAUGAGAGAGAAACUCGUGUUUCCCCACAUGCUCCAUUUUUCAGUCAUUCCAUCAUCACAACUUCAAAAACCGCCGGCGGCGUUGUGUGAUUCUAAUUCUUCUUCAAAAUUAUUAACAAAUCCUUAGUUGACCAUACGUAUUUCUUCUAUCUUCUUCAACCUCCAAUUAAAUCUCUCUGCUUUUUACUCGCUGAUUGCUCAACCCUUAACAAUGUCUCUCCUUCUCGCCCUCUCUGCUCUUUUCCUUCUCUUCUUCACAUCUCCGGCUGCUUCCCAGUCGCCGCCGAAUCCCCGCAAUUUCUCCGCCUUCUCAAUCUCUCAAUCCCCAUGGCGUCCAACCCAAAAUCUCCUUCUUCUUUCCCCCAAUUCCCUUUUCGCCGCCGGCUUCCGGCAACUCCCAAAAAACUCCAAUCUCUUCCUCUUCUCUGUUUGGUACUUCAACAUCUCGACAGACGCUGUCGUUUGGUCUGCCAAUCGUCUUUCUCCUGUCAACCGUUCGGCGUCUCUCACCAUCUCCGCUUCAGGCCAGCUCCGUCUUGAUGACGGCUCCGGCCGCAAUCUCUGGCCUUCAAACGCUGUUUCAGUGAAUUCAAAUUCGACCCAAUUAAUCCUUCGCAAUGAUGGUGAUUUGAUUUAUGCUACAUGGGAAAGCUUCCAAUUCCCUACCAACACCAUUUUGCCCAAUCAGACAUUGAACGGAACCACCAUAGUCUCCAACAACGGCAAAUAUGCGUUUGAGAAAUCCGUGAAUUUGACGUUUGAUAAAUUGAUGUACUGGAAUUCCGGCAACCCCUUUAAGGAUUUUGAAAAGAAUGGCAAAAUCAACAGAGACAAUCAAAACGCGAUUUACCCAAAUGAUUAUAACACGACCCGGCUGAGGAAAUUGGUUGUCGACGAUGACGGGAACCUCAAGAUUUUCAGCUUCAACCCGAUUCCCCGGCGGUGGGAUGUGGUUUGGCAAGCGCACGUAGAGUUGUGUCAGAUCUAUGGUACUUGUGGCUCAAAUUCUAUCUGUAUGAGUAGUGGCAGUUACAAUUCCACCUACUGCGUCUGCGCUCCCGGAUUCAGCCCUGAUCCUCGUGGCGGAGCACGGCGAGGAUGCCGUCGGAAACUCAACAUAUCGAAGAAAGUUAAGUUUCUUCCGCUCGAUUUUGUAAAUUUCAGAGGUGGGGUUCAACAAAUCUCCCUGCAAACCCCAAAUAUUUCAGUCUGUGAAGCGAAUUGCUUGAAGAAUUCGAGCUGCGUGGGGUAUACAUUCACCUACGACGGCAGCUCCCAGUGUGGACUUCAGCUAGACAAUUUGUCGAACGGGUUGUGGUCGCCAGGAAUGAAGAUAGCUGCCUUUGUAAAGGUCGACAAUUCGGAAACAGAUCGGUCAAAUUUCACUGGAAUGAUGUACAAACUCCAAUCGACAUGCCCAAUCCGCAUCAGCCUCCGGCCGCCGCCGGACAACACAGACAACACCACCAGAAACAUAUGGAUAAUCGUCACCAUAUUCAUCGCGGAACUAAUUUCCGGAGCGGUUUUCUUCUGUGCAUUCUUGAAGAGAUUUAUAAAAUACAGAGACAUGGCUCGCACGCUUGGUCUAGAAUCACUCCCCGCCGGUGGGCCGAAACGGUUCACUUACGACGAGCUGAAAACAGCCACCAACGACUUCUCGAACAGCGUCGGAAAAGGGGGAUUUGGCGAAGUCUUCAAAGGGGAGUUGCCGGACAAACGUGUCAUCGCCGUUAAGUGCUUGAAGAACAUCACUGGCGGCGAUGGCGACUUUUGGUCAGAAGUCACCAUCAUCGCCAGAAUGCACCAUCUCAAUUUGCUUCGAUUGUGGGGAUUCUGCGCCGAGAAGGGUCAAAGAAUGUUAGUCUAUGAGUACAUCCCCAAUGGAUCCCUCGACAAAUUCCUCUUCACCAAGCCUCCACCGUCCGAUUCGACCGAUACAGAGCAAGAAACGGUAUCUCUCGAUUGGGGUAUCCGAUACCGAAUCGCCAUUGGAGUCGCCAGAGCAAUCGCAUACCUACACGAGGAAUGUCUCGAAUGGGUGCUACACCGAGACAUAAAACCCGAAAACAUCCUUCUAGACAACGAUUUCUGCCCGAAAUUAUCCGAUUUCGGGCUGUCUAAACUGAGGAAAAACGACGAGACGGCGGUGAGUAUGUCUCGAAUCAGAGGGACGCCCGGUUACGUGGCGCCAGAGCUCGUGAAAUUGGGUUCGCAUUCGAUCACGCCAAAGGCGGAUGUGUACAGUUUCGGAAUGGUGCUACUCGAGAUUAUCAGUGGGACCAGAAAUUUCGAUACGAAAGGAUUAGCGGUGGAGAGCGCAUUUUGGUACUUCCCGAGUUGGGCGUUCGAGAAAGCGUUCGUGGAAGAGAAAAUCGAGGAAGUUUUGGACAGUCGGAUUAGGAAUCAGUACGACAGUGGAGCCCAUUUCGGCAUUGUUAAUCGUAUGGUACAGACAGCGAUGUGGUGCCUUCAUAACCAGCCCGAGAUGAGGCCGCCGAUGGGGAAGGUCGUCAAGAUGUUGGAAGGGAAGUUGGAGAUUCCACUUCCAGAAAAGCCCUCAAUUUACUUUCUUUCAGAAGGGCUGGAAGGUCAUAAACAGCCUAUGGGCGAUGUGGUCCAGUCGGUCAAUUCAAUAGAUCGCACCGAACUUGAUAAAUAA